AUGGAUGCAUCUGUGCCGCCCACGGCAAAUAAUGUUUUGGAACCCGAAAAGCGUCGCAGUCGCAGCAAAACCCGCCAAGGGAAGGAACCUCCACUGUCAAGUGGCGAAUCUGAAGCCAAUGAGGACCGUCCCAGGAUGCAACGCCGACGGCGCAGCAAGUCGCAUCCGCGCAGCGCCAGUCGGGGACGUUCCUUGGCUCGCCGUCGUUGCAAAUCCAAGCACUGCGAUCCGGUGGCGUUAUUCCAAUACUACCAGAAGGAGUGGGCUCAUUUCCGCAGCCAGAUUCCCGGCGAGAAUACCCGCGUGAAUGCUCGCCACGGGUUACACCACAAGCCAAUAGUUCCGAAGAAGUGA